UCCCAGCAUCAACUGUCAUGCGGAUUACCUCAAACCUAGAGUCGCCUAAAGCCCGUUUCGUUGGUGAGAUGGGAACAAUUUAACGCGAGCGACGUUAUAUCGAGUAACCGACAGCACCAGCAUCAUCUUGGGUUCACAGCCUUGAGGAUCCUCCAGCAUGUCGGGAGGCAAACGCACACAACGCUGAAGUAGACCGCAGCAUCAGCAGCACCACACCUUCCUUCCGCGAUAUUCCGAGCCUGGCGCACCGGAUUAGACGCCGCGGAUCCGACCUCCAGGAUCCAUAAUGCCCGUUAAUCGAGCUUGACACCACCGAAAUGCUGCCGGGCUCUAUUCAGAUCACGGGAGAGGCGCUGUCCGGCGCGGAGAUCAAAGACAUAUGCGACAGUCUGAAGGAGAACAGCGUGCGGCUGCUGUCGGUGCGCGGCUGCCAGCUGUCUGACCGGGACUUCGGCCGCGUGUGUCGCGGCGUGGCGGAGUCGCACUCUCUCGCGCAGCUCAACCUCAACCUCGGCGUGGUGUCCACCAUCGGCCGGACCAAGCAGCUGGCAGAUGCUCUGAAGGCCAACAGAUCCCUCCAGACCCUCUUUCUCCACGGAAGUCCACUUCUAGAUGCAGGACUGGUCACCCUGAAUGGAGCCCUCUCCACUCACCCCUCACUGGUGUCCUUGGAUUUGGGGGACUGCAUGCUGGGAGAUGAGGCAGUUCGCCUCAUUUGUGGCAUGCUUCCUCCGGAUGGAGCCAAAUCAGGGCUUAAAGAGCUUACACUGAGUGCCAACCCAGCCGUCAGCACGCAGGGUUGGGCUCGACUGGCCAUCGCCGUGGCUCAUAGCUCACAGUUACGGGUCCUCAACCUCGACUACAAUCCCUUAGAGAGUGUCCGGCCCCGAUUCAGAACCAGCCCGCUGUCCGAAGUCAAGUCCGCUGGCCGAUUCCCUCCCAAGCUCUCAGCUGACAGCAGCCUGCUCCUUAACCCCAAAUCAAAGGAGGAAUAUGAGGAGAAAAAGACUGUUGGCUCCAGCCCCUGA